AUGGCUCACAAUCAAUCCACGGCACCUCACGUCGUCAACUCCGAUCCAUACGCGAAUCCACUGUUUCUUCAUGCUGCUGACAAUUUUGGCGUGUAUUUGGUAGCAGAUAAACUCACCUGUAAAUCAAACUAUCACACAUGGCGUCGUUCGAUGAUCAAAUCUCUGAACGCGAAGAACAAGCUUGGAUUCGUCUACGGUACUCUCGCAAAGCCAUCCGAAACACAUCCAGAUUUUGGAUCAUGGACUCGAUGCAACGACAUGGUAUGUACCUGGAUUACAAACUCAGUCUCGAAGGAUAUAGGAUCUGGAACGGUUUAUUUCGAUGAUGCUCAUCUCAUGUGGUUGAACUUAGAAGGAAGGUUUAGGCAGAGUAACUUGUCUAAGAUCUAUGCUGUUCAAGAUCAACUCGAUCAUCUCUAUCAAGGAUCGCUAGAUCUUAGUGCAUACUAUACUCGCCUCACCACUCUUUGGGAAGAACUGAAACACUUUGAAGAGUUACCAUCUUGUACUUGUGGUAAUUGCACUUGUGGAUCCAAUACUCGCUGGCUUCAGCUCUAUGAGAAGAGAAACAUUGUCAGAUUCCUGAUGCGCCUCGAUGAUUCUUUCUCACAAGCUAGAAGACAGAUUAUCAUGAUGGAUCCACUCCCGGAAUUCACCAAGAUUUACAACUUCAUAUCUCAAGAUGAACAACAGCGUGGUCUCUCAUCUACACCGGAGGCACCUGUGUUUCAAGCAAGUAUAUCCUCCUGGAUACAAGUCGACACGUCUGCUUACAACACAGAGAAGUCUAAAGGCCGAUUCCCACAGAAAAAUGGUCCACAGAAUGGCAUUCACAUGGUUUAUGAUCACCCUACAGAAGAGACUCAACAGCUCAUUCCUCAAACUCAGCUGAUAUCCUACAAUGGACAAUCUUAUGCUCCUGUUAGUCUCACUUCCACAGGGACUAUUGAAGCUCCGACUUCAAAUGUGAAUCAUUCUGUGAACAUGGUGAAUUCUGGAAAGAGCUUGAUGAUUAGAAAUAGCUCGCAGAGUGCAGAACAGAUAACUCAGUUGAUUGCUCAGUUGAACAGACAGCUCGAUGGUUCCGCGUAUCAAGUCAUACGUCCACCUCCUGCCUCAGGUCACGUUGGUUCUAUCUCAGCACAAGGUACAUCUCUCGUACCUUCUCACACUAUUUCUGUUUUGGAACCAAGCCUUACUUUACCUCAAACGGUUUGGAUUCUUGAUACUGGAGCUAGUUGUCAUAUCUGCUAUGACCUGAAUAUGUUCUCUACUAUCAGUAAUACUGAGCAUACCACUAUCACUCUUCCCAAUAAAACCACCAUCCCUGAUCAUUUCUCUGGAACCGUUCAUCUUAGAUCAUACUCAGGAAUGGAUGAUUGA